AUGUCCAAGAAGACCCUGGGUCGAACGUCGGGCUCACUCAACGCCCCCAUAGCCGCCUUCACCAUGGCCAUCCUCCUUACGACCUACUGCGUUAGCUCUAUCCGCAGCGCUCGUCGCGAAGCCCAGGUCUCGUCGGCGAGUCCUACUCCGGCCUCCCGUCCGAGACCUCCGGCUGACAGGAACGACCAGCCGGCCUGGGUUCGGCAGGCUCUCGAAGAAAGCCGGGACUCCGAGCAAAGGAACGGAAAAGCGUCGAGUUGA